AUGCAACUUUGGGGCUCGUCUUCCAACGGCGCCUCUACCAAUGCUCCGGACACCCAGGAAGCCAUUUUUCGAUCUGCACCCAUGACAUUGGUGCAAUUCUAUGUGACCAUAGAGUUGGCCCGUGAUCUAGUGUAUACUUUGGGCAAUCUGGGCCAGGUUCAUUUCCGAGACUUGAAUGCCAAGCUCACGCCGUUCCAGCGGGCAUUUGUCAACGAAUUGCGCAAUGUAGAUGCUAUAGAGUUGAAGCUCUCGUUCUUAUACAGCAUGAUGGAGGCUUACGCCACAAUAAAGGGCGAUAUUUUCGCCACUUUGGAGGCAGAUCAGCAGCCAUUGCCCUCCACUUCUCAGAUCGACGAAAUCAGUGAUACCAUUGGCGAGAUCCAUGACCGAAUUAAACAUCUUGAUGGCUCAUACACAGAGUUAGAACUCAAAAUGUUGGAGCACGUGGAAAACCGUCAUGUGCUCAAUAUUGUUCACAAUUUCCACAAGUCUUCCUUGAUCACGGGAGCACCGGCAGAAGAUGACGAGUUCCGCCGUUUUGAGAUCGAAGAUGAUGAUGAGGAAGCACUUUUGAACGAAGGUCGCCAUUCUGAUAGUUUUGAUCUUGAGGAGACGACUGUCAAUCUCGGAGAAAGCAACUUCAACUCCAUUUGCGGAACCAUCGCCAGGUCUAAGGUGCCGAUCCUCAGAAAGAUUCUCUGGAGAACAUUGAGGGGCAAUCUUUAUUUCAAUGACGUGGCUAUUGACGAGGACCUCCCCAUUUCCACGCUGCGCAAAUCGGACUUUGUCGCCAAAAAUGCCUUCAUCAUCUACAUCCACGGAGACUACUUGCAAACGCGAGUCAAGCGGAUAAUCUCUUCUUUGGAGGGUUCCAUCUAUGAUAAUGUGCAAGGCAACGCAGGUUCGAGGCUUGAGACUUUAAAUGAGCUCAAUUUAAAGAUCCAGGAUUUGAAGAGUGUGGUUGAGUCCACCAAAACCCAUUUGAUCACCGAACUUAUGUUUUUGCAAGAAAAGUACCCCGAAUGGGUUUAUAUCGUGAAAAGAGAACGGGCAAUCUACGAAACUCUAAACAAGUUUGAUGAAGAUAGCACCAGACGAUGCCUUGUGGGUGAAGGCUGGAUUCCUAAAAGUGACUUUGCCAAAACCAGACGCAUGUUGAAGACCUUGGUUCGCUCAAAAAUGAACCUGUCGUCGCUGUUGGGUGCCAGCCAGACGAUCAGCUUAUCCACUGACACUUUGUCCAUUCCCGAUGGUACAUCUUCAGGAUUCAACAGAAACACCAAUUUAUUCUCCGUCAAUGAUGGCACUGGAGUGGAUGAUAUUUUCAGCGAUGACGAAGACGAUCAGGAUUACAAUUUUGUAGCAGUGGUGAACGAGUUGUCGACAAAUAGAACCCCUCCGACCUAUCAUAAAGUGAACAAAUUCACUUCUGGAUUCCAAUCCAUUGUGGACACCUAUGGUAUUGCCACCUACCAGGAAGUCAACCCGGGGUUAGCAACCAUCAUCACUUUCCCAUUUAUGUUUGCCAUCAUGUUCGGAGAUUUGGGUCAUGGUUUCAUUGUAUUUUUAGUGGCUUUGUUUUUCAUCAAAAAUGAAAAAUAUUACAACGGCCUUAGAAACAAAGACGAGAUUUUGGAUAUGGCAUUCAGUGGACGUUAUAUCGUGUUAUUGAUGGGAAUUUUCUCCAUGUACACGGGAUUGAUGUACAAUGAUAUCUUUUCUAAGUCGUUAACAUUGUUCAAAUCUGGAUGGGAGUGGGAUUUUCCUGAAAAUUUCAAGGAAGGAAUGUCCUUGACGGCGAAAAAAAUCAACGGCAAAACUUAUCCAUUUGGGCUUGACUGGGUUUGGCACGGAUCGGAGAAUGGCUUACUUUUCACGAACUCAUAUAAGAUGAAAAUGUCCAUUUUGAUGGGAUAUGUUCAUAUGAAUUAUUCCCUCAUGUUCAGUUUGGUCAACUACCGAUUUUUCAAGUCUCGUGUGGAUAUCAUCGGAAACUUUAUUCCUGGGUUUUUAUUCAUGCAAAGUAUUUUCGGAUACCUUGCCCUCACUAUUGUUUAUAAAUGGAGUCAGGACUGGCUUGGGACUGGACGUCAACCCCCCGGGUUGCUCAACAUGUUGAUCAAUAUGUUUUUAGCUCCAGGGAGCAUCGAGGAUCCUCUUUAUUCCGGUCAAAAAUUUGUCCAGAUUGUGCUUGUUUUAAUAGCUCUUGCAUGUGUGCCAUGGUUGUUGGUGUAUAAGCCAAUGAUUUUGAGGAGAGAGAACAACCGUGCCAUCGAGUUGGGUUAUAAGGACAUCAACUCACAAAUCAAUCACAGCAUUCAGUUGCAUGAGGAGGAAGAAGCACUUGAAACUUUUGUCGACAACAACACCCAUGCACCUGGGCUCUCUCCUGACGAUCAAGUCAGCAUGGUUAGCGAGGCGUUUUCGUUCCCCAACGACAUUGAACCCAUGUUCCAUAAUUCGGCAUCCCAUGGGUCUGGAGAGGAGGAGUUCAACUUUAUGGAUAUUGUGAUUCAUCAAGUCAUUCAUACUAUUGAAUUCUGUCUCAACUGUGUUUCUCACACGGCAUCAUAUUUGAGAUUAUGGGCACUUUCGCUUGCCCACGCACAAUUGUCCAGUGUGUUGUGGACAAUGACUCUCCAGAAUGCCUUCGGCUCUACAGGAACUUCUGGUAUCAUCAUGACGGUGUCUCUUUUUGCCAUGUGGUUCACGUUGACGGUUUGUAUUUUGGUCAUGAUGGAGGGCACUUCGGCUAUGUUACACUCGUUGCGUUUACAUUGGGUGGAAGCUAUGUCUAAAUUUUUUGAGGGAGAGGGAUACGCAUAUGAGCCAUUUGCGUUUGAUAAAAUUGAAUUAUAG